CGUCGCCCGCCGCCCCCGCCCGCGUCCCGCGCGCCCCCGCCCAGCUCCGCCCCGCCCCGCCCCUCGCCGGGGUCCGCGUCUGCGGCUGCGUCCCCCGAAAGACGAGGCUGCGCCCGGGCUCCGGUCCGCAGGGAGACCGAAGGACACGCUCCCCGCGCCCGCGCGCCCGCCCGCCCGGAGCCUCGGAGCGCCGACGCCCCGGGGAUGUGAGUGCGCCCGACCCGCGGCCUGCGCUCCACGCUCCGACCCGCGGCCCGCGCCCCGGAGGACCCCGCCCGCCGCCCCCACGCCUUCGCGAGGCCCGCCCGGAGCAUGCUGCCCCCAGCCAUGAAGGGCCUUGGCCUCGUGCUGCUGGCCGCCCUGCUGUGCUCUGCGCCCACUCACGGCCUGUGGUGCCAGGACUGCACACUGACCACCAACUCCAGCCACUGCACCCCGAAGCAGUGCCAGCCCUCAGACACAGUGUGCGCCAGCGUCCGCAUCACCGACCCCAGCAGCAGCAGGAAGGACCACUCGGUGAACAGGAUGUGCGCUGCCUCCUGCGACUUCGUCAAGCGGCACUUCUUCUCAGACUACCUAAUGGGCUUCAUUAACUCUGGGAUCCUGAAAGUAGACGUGGACUGCUGCGAGAAGGAUUUGUGCAACGGGGCGCCCGGGCCGGGGGGCAGCGCCUGGGCCCUGGCCGGGGGGCUCCUGCUCAGCCUGGGGCCCACCCUCCUCGGGGCUGGGCCCUGAGGUCCCCCCUCCCCAAGGGCUUCUGAGCUUGUCCUGGGCCUGGCUGCCCUGCCUCGGCCUGGCUCGGCUGGGGCUGGGGCCGCCUGGCCUGGGCCCGGCUCCGCGUCCGUGGCCCUUGCCCCUCUCUGUCUCUCCACCAGUUCUGAGUCCCAGCCAGCUGGUCACCUCCAGGACACGCGCCCAUCGUCCGUCGGGUGGGCAAGGGGCCUGGGGGUGAGGGCAGGGGGCUGGGGCUCCCAGGUCUCUGAGGGGAAGCUGGGCCAAGCCAGGCCCUGCUCAGCAGCCCAGAUGUGAGCCUCUUCUACAGAAAUAAAGUCACUUCUGAGUCUGGA